CUGUGAUAGUCCAUCAAUCACAAUCGAAAGCUGUUUGACCCAGUCUAUCAGAAUACCAGGGCGAUCCCGUUUUCCGAGGGUGGUCCUUUUUCAAUCCGACGGCCUGGGUGUUUUUCUUUCCCGUUUUUCCUCAAAUCCACGGAUCGCCCGUCGAAAGGCGCAGUAGUCCAACCUCGGACCCCCGUUCUUCAGAAAAACCUCUUCUAAUCCGCGUCAAAUCCGCUCUCCGGGCGUCACGAUUGAAUUCUACCUGGAACGGCUUGUCGCGAGGAUGGCGAGCAACCCUCAGGAAGAACAGCGGCUCCGCGAGUGCGAAGAGUACGUGCAGAGGCACUCGAUUCAACAAGUACUCAAAGAGUGCAUCGUCCAGCUCUGCGUCUCCAGGCCGGACAAUCCGAUCGCCUUCCUCAGGGAGUACUUCCAGAAGUUAGAAAGGGAGCAGGCCGCCCAGGACGCUAAACAGCAGGUGACGUCGGUAGAAGACACCGAAGACCUGUCACCACUGCCCAACACGGUGCAGCAGCCAGCCCGGAGGAGAGGAGGCAUCUCGGCGGAGCCCGUUACCGAGGAAGACGCCACCAGCUAUGUCAAAAAGGUGGUACCCAAGGAUUACAAGACGAUGGGCGCUCUUGCGAAAGCGAUAGCGAAAAACGUCCUCUUCUCCCACUUGGACGAAAACGAGCGGUCUGACAUCUUUGACGCCAUGUUCCCGGUCAACUUCCUCCCGGGCGAGACGAUCAUCCAACAGGGCGAUGAAGGCGACAACUUCUACGUCAUCGACCAGGGCGAGGUUGAGGUGUACGUGAACAACGAGCUGGUCACGACGAUCGGCGAGGGUUCGAGCUUCGGCGAACUGGCACUCAUCUACGGCACACCCAGGGCGGCCACAGUCAAGACCAAGACGGCUGUCAAGCUCUGGGGUAUCGACAGGGACUCCUACAGGCGGAUACUCAUGGGCUCGACCAUCAGGAAGAGGAAGAUGUACGAGGGCUUCUUGUCUAGAGUGUCCAUCCUGGAGAGUCUUGACAAGUGGGAAAGGCUGACAGUGGCCGAUGCGCUCGAGACCGUCUCCUUCUCCGACAACGAGGCCAUAGUCAAGCAGGGCGAGCCCGGAGACGACUUCUACAUCAUCGUCGAAGGAACCGCCCUCGUCCUCCAGUGCCGAGGAGAAGGCGACUCUUCUGUUGAAGUCGGCAAACUCGGACCUUCAGAUUACUUUGGUGAGAUUGCUCUCCUUCUGGACAGACCUCGAGCUGCGACUGUGAUCGCCAAAGGGCCGCUGAAAUGCGUCAAACUGGACCGGGCAAGAUUCGAAAGGGUGCUAGGCCCGUGCGCAGACAUCCUGAAACGCAACAUCACCCAGUAUAACAGCUUCGUCUCGCUAUCCGUCUAACUCGU